UGGUAUCGUCCAGCACAUGUCUGAUGACUACGACGAAUGUACCAGAGUUGCUCGCAAGCUAAGCAAAGCUUUAACGAAACCCAGAAAAGAGGACAGUUUUGAUGAAGGAAAGCCCCGCAAGAGUGCUGCGAAAUUUUUGAGCACCCUUUCCAAGUUGAAGCCCCAUCUUCAACCUUCUCCUGUGAAGAAGGCGAAGAAAUCGUCAAAGGUCUCUAGAGUGAAGGAUGUACUCACGGCUUCAAGGAGGAAUGCAGAGGCUCUUGAUCUCUUGAGCACCACCUCUAGAACCACGAAAGGUUUAUCCAACUUUAAAGCUACUUCAUCUCCAGAUCUCGUGAAUGACGAUAUGGAUGGUCACUUUUCUGAUGCAUCACUUCCAUCAACUGUCGGAGCUUCAGAAUCUGAAUCUGAAGAAGAUUUUACGAAGCCCUCUCUUAGUAGAAAGAAGCUUGAGCAGCAACUUGCUGCAAUGCAAGAAAGGAUAAAGCAGCUUGACAACAAGAAGCUCCGGCAUGCUUCCAAUGUUCAUUCUACACCUUUAUCGUCUAAGAACUCCCCACAUCGUUCUGACUCUGAUAAUGGCUCCAGCCGAUCCUCUUCCUUCAACAGAACAUUGGGGGCAACAUUUGGUGCCCUUUCAAGUAAGGGUAAGAAGUAUGAGGGUGAAAUGCUACGUUACACAGAGGCCUCUGAGGAGGCAGUAGAACUUGAAGGACCAGAGAGUGGGCAGAAAACUGGAAUCUACUGUUGCCGGGAUAGCUUUGAAUGUGCGCAAAGCGGUAACAGUUCCACAGUUUGUGCGAGGCGUUUGCUCACGGGUGUAUUCACGGAAAAUGCCCUACGAGACUGUUGCCUCACUGGCCUUCCUCCACGGGGCAAGGGAAAAGCAGCCUACAUCAACAAGGAAAAUGUAAUUCGGCCAUACCUUUGCCCCAAGGCCUCAAGAGCGAUCGUGAAUCAAGCCUUAUACUGGCAGAAGAAAAAGUAUUUGCGUCCGAGAAAGGAUUCCACUCAAAUUAGAGCAGCAAUGUCCAUUCGUAUUUGUGAGAUUCAUAAGAUGAAUGAUGUAUGAUCUCUAAAUGUGUUUUCUAGAGUUCUUUGUGAGAUUCGUGACAUGUAUGAUCUCUAAAUGUGUAUUCUAGUGUGACUAAGUGAUUUUAUGAUCUCUAAACGUGUUUUCUAGUGCUAC